GAUCCCUUCCCCCCUUCCUAAAAACCCUAGCCGCCCCUCUUUUCUCCAUCAUCUCCAAACAGCCUCCCUCUCUCAAAAUACACCCAAACCCUAGCCGCCACACUCUUCUUCUUCACUCCCUAGGGUUCGCCUACAUUCCUCACACUCACACACAUGCUCUCAUGGUCCGAUUUUGAACACAAUCUCAGAGAACAAUUAAAAGUUGGAAAUCGAAAAAAAGAGAAGAAGAUAGAAACACACGAAAACUUCAAAACAAGAACAAAAGAAAACAAGAUAAAUUAAAAAAAAGAGAUUCUCAAUGGUUCAACGCUCGCUGUUCAUUUCCAUUUUUUUGGGGGGCUUCUAAGCGUGGUUUUGGCUUAAAUACUGUUUGUUGCUGCUGGAUUAAUAUGGCUGAGCUCCAAUGGUAGUUGUCGUUGCCUCCAUUUGAUUCUGCUAUUCCAAUUUUUGCCAUUUAGAGAUGAGUCGAUCAAGGGAAGCGGCCGCCAUGAAGCGGAAAAGACCAGACUUGGAUUCACCUACUCGGGGACUUCCAGAUGCUGAACAUGUAGUGCUCAGUCUGGUCAAAAAUAAAAAGAAUCUGGGCAUCUGGGUGGCAGAGGUGAAAAAGGAGGCAAACCUUCCACCAACUCUUGUGGAUAAAUCCCUGACAGCACUCGUGAAAAAGAAGUUGAUAAAACAAGUUGUGAAUAUCCAAAAUAAGGGAAAGAAACAUUACAUGGCUGUUGAGUUUGAACCUUCGGAGGAAUUGACUGGUGGUUCAUGGUACUCUGAGGGAAAUCUUGAUAAGGAAUUCAUCACUGUUCUCAGAGACACUUGCUUCAAGGUCAUAGAAUUGCUGAAAGUUGCUACUGUGGAGGGAAUCCACAACUUCUUGAAGAAAAGGAAAGUUGUUGAGUGCACGGGUCAGCAAAUUGCGGAAAUAUUGAACUCUAUGGUUCUAGACAAUGCUAUUAUAGAGGUGAAGAGCACUGGAUUGGGAGAAUAUCAUUCUAUUCCUGUUGGAUCAGUUUGUUAUCGAACUUCAAGCGGAGUUGCUUUAGGGACUGGUCCGAAAACAAUAGGGCCAAUGGCUUCAAUUCCAUGUGGUGCUUGCCCUAGGAUUAGUCAAUGUUCACCUAAUGGAGUUAUAUCCCCACAAACAUGUGUCUAUUACACUAAAUGGUUGAACACUGAAUUUUGAUGUACUUCUGAUAAGUAAAUCCGGUGUACACUGCAUUACCACAUAUUGGUUGCUAUCUGAUUUCCUGUUAAUCUUUUUGUUUAGAUGGAAGCAACUUUCUGAUUA